AUGAACCUGCUACUGUCGGACGACUACCUGCUUCAGGAUUAUCCUGAAAGCAUCACGAAUACAAUACGAUCCGGUCAUGCCACGGUCCUUCGAUUCAAUCGCAAGGGUGAUUACCUUGCUUCCGGCCGCGUCGACGGAGCCAUCGCCAUUUGGGAUUUGGAGACGAUGGGCGUGGCUCGGAAAUUGAGAGGCCAUAGCAAGAGCAUAACAUUUUUGAGCUGGUCAAGAUGUGGACGAUAUAUACUGUCCACCUGUCAAGGCUGGAAGGCCAUUUUAUGGGAUCUCCAGGAUGGAAAGCGGCUGCGCGAGGUGCGUUUUCGUGCACCGGCGUACAUGGCUGAGCUUCAUCCCUGGAAUCACCUUCAAUUCGUUGCGUCACUAUUCGAAGAGCAACCAGUCUUGGUAGACAUGAGCGAACCGGUCGAUGUCAAACAUAUUCUUCCCUCUGUGCCCAAACGGACCAACACCGAAAGUACUGCUGCACAGAAAGAGAAGCAGGCCAAAGAAGACGCCAAGGAAAAGACUACAUCCGCAAUUUGGACAUCGACAGGUGAUCACAUCAUUGCUGGCACAAGCAAAGGCAAAAUCAACAUUAUCGAUACAAAGACUCUCGAAAUUAUUUACUCAGAAAAAGUUUGCUCUGGGAUUAUUACCACUUUGCGCAUCACUGGGUCAGGACGAGACCUACUUGUCAAUUCGCAGGACCGCAUUAUCCGUACUUUCAGAAUACCCAAUCUGUCAGUCGAGGAUUUGGAUCUCGACACCAUCCAGCUGCCACUUGAGCAUAAAUUCCAAGACGUCGUCAACAAGCUGUCAUGGAAUCACGUCACGUUUAGCGCCACAGGCGAGUAUAUCGCCGCAUCGACUUAUAACAACCACGAGCUCUACGUUUGGGAGCGGAACCAUGGCAGUUUGGUAUGCAUGCUGAAGGAUCCGAAAGAAGAGCAGGGCGUCAUCGAAUGGCAUCCAUCCAGAGCACUCCUCGCAGCUUGUGGAUUGGAGACCGGCCGCAUAUAUAUCUGGUCCGUAAUAAGUCCUCAGAAGUGGUCAGCGCUGGCCCCAGAUUUUGCUGAAGUAGAGGAAAACGUCGAGUAUAUUGAAAAAGAGGACGAGUUUGACAUAUAUGCGCAAGAAGAAAUUCACCGACGGCGGCUCGAUGCCGAGGAUGAAGACGUUGACGUGCUCACGUCGGACCCCACCAAAUUUGAUGACGAUAUCGAUAGCUUUCGCAUGCCUAUCCUGUUCAACCUGGGUGAAAGUGAUAGCGAGGACGAGUUUAUUGCGGUAUCAACUGGCACUAUGCGACGAAGGAGUCCAGGUGAAGGUCAGAGCGACGUCGACGGAGCCACAGAAACGACCGUCACAAAGAAGGCUACUGCGAAAGGCGGUCGAAGCAGAAAGAGAUAG